GUUGAUUAAACGCUUUUCAAAAUGAGAGAGAUUGUUCAUCUUCAGGCUGGUCAGUGUGGGAAUCAAAUUGGUGCAAAAUUUUGGGAGGUGAUCAGUGAUGAGCACGGAAUCGACCCAACUGGCACUUACCACGGUGACAGCGAAAUGCAGCUCGAGCGCAUUAACGUGUAUUUCAAUGAAGCCACUGGUAAAUCCGGCUAUUCAGGUGGAAAGUAUGUUCCGCGGGCUGUUCUUGUGGACCUGGAGCCAGGGACCAUGGACUCUGUAAGAUCUGGUCCUUUUGGCCAAGUUUUCAGACCAGACAACUUUGUCUUUGGUCAGAGUGGGGCUGGAAACAAUUGGGCCAAAGGCCAUUAUACCGAAGGUGCUGAGCUGGUAGACUCCGUGCUGGAUGUUGUGCGUAAGGAGGCUGAAAGCUGUGACUGCCUACAGGGCUUUCAGCUCACUCAUUCCUUGGGUGGCGGCACCGGAUCAGGCAUGGGCACGCUGCUCAUCAGUAAGAUCCGUGAGGAGUAUCCUGACCGCAUUAUGAACACUUUCAGUGUUGUGCCAUCUCCUAAAGUCUCAGACACUGUGGUGGAGCCCUACAAUGCCACUUUGUCUGUACACCAACUGGUGGAAAACACUGAUGAGACAUAUUGCAUUGACAAUGAAGCACUUUAUGACAUUUGUUUCCGUACUUUAAAGCUCACAACUCCUACUUAUGGUGAUCUUAACCACCUUGUAUCAGCCACCAUGAGCGGUGUGACAACCUGCCUCCGUUUUCCUGGACAGCUUAAUGCUGACCUGCGAAAACUGGCUGUCAAUAUGGUGCCCUUUCCUCGUCUGCACUUCUUCAUGCCUGGUUUUGCCCCACUCACCAGCAGAGGGAGCCAGCAGUACCGUGCACUCACUGUGCCCGAAUUAACACAGCAGAUGUUUGAUGCCAAGAAUAUGAUGGCAGCGUGUGACCCACGCCAUGGCCGCUAUCUGACUGUGGCUGCUGUCUUCCGGGGCCGCAUGUCCAUGAAAGAAGUCGAUGAGCAGAUUCUCAAUGUGCAGAACAAAAACAGCAGCUAUUUUGUAGAGUGGAUCCCAAACAAUGUCAAAACUGCUGUAUGCGACAUCCCACCAAGAGGGCUUAAAAUGGCUGCCACUUUCAUUGGCAACAGCACAGCCAUCCAGGAGCUGUUUAAACGCAUGUCUGAGCAAUUCACAGCCAUGUUCAGAAGAAAGGCCUUCCUGCAUUGGUACACAGGUGAAGGAAUGGAUGAGAUGGAGUUCACAGAGGCAGAAAGCAACAUGAAUGACCUGGUGUCUGAGUACCAGCAGUACCAGGAUGCUACAGCUGAAGAAGAGGGUGAGUUUGAGGAAGAGGCAGAAGAGGAGUUGUCAUAA